UUUAUUACGUCCCCGACAGAGGGCGCACGCGACCGGAGUACAAACCAAAAUUAUCACGCUGUCCUGUGCGCUCUUCCAGUAGCCCCGCCCCCCGUUUUCAGCAGUGACGCCUGCGCAGUGAAGCUUAAUUAGCUCGGCCAAAGACGGCCUUGAUGGCUAAGCGCAGAGCGGAGGCGGUGGCCUGUCGCGCGCCUUGCCAGCCGCGCUCCUUUCCGCGCGCGCCUCCUUCGAAGCGCUCGCGGAGCGAUCUCGAACGGCGGGAGCCGCGAGACGCAGCUCUCUGGCGGGAUAACGGCGGGGAGAAGAAGCGCAAAUGGAUGGUUGUCGCGGAAGGAGGCGACGAGGCGGGCGCCGGCGGCAAGAGACUCGCGGAAGGAACGGCGCGGCGGGAACCUGAGCAACGGCGUCCUGUAGCCGCGGCUAUGGCGACCGAAGUGGCGGCCCUCGCCGGAGGAGAUGCAACGGGCAGUCAGGGAGGACCCGAGAAGCCUGAAGAUGACGUUUGGCACUACAACUCCUUCCAGUUCUGGAAGUUACCAUUACCUACCAUUGAUUUGUCUGAUAUUCAAGAAUUAGAAAAAGGCUCCAUAACAGAAUCAAGAUCCUCAAGUAACACCUCACUAUCAGAAAUGGAAACCUGAAGAGUAAUUUGUUGGUAUAAAUUAUGGAGUAUGGUUACUGUUUUGCACUGUUUCUUGAAAGUGUAAGCAGAGUUGAAACUACAAAGGUAUUAAAUAUAUUUUGAAGAAAGGAUAACUUCUAAAUUCUUCUAAAAUGAAGGAGUCGUAUACUAUAGAAUUCAUCAAAGACUUAACUAGAGAAGUUAUCAAUGUAUAAAACCAGUAGCUUGUGAAAUUUAGAGGAUUAAAGGAGUUUACAAAAACUGAUACAUAUGAACAAAAUUGCUUUAGCUCAUUGCCAGUAUAAAUGAAAAGUGUGCAACGUUCUAAAAAGGGGUAUGUGCUAUUAUACUGCCAUGGAAAAGAGUACAAGUUAUAUGUGUGUUUUAGUUAUGGAUAGAAAAGAUUUAACAGCAAAAUAAAAUUGCAAAUCUCUGCAAAACUGAAAUUACUACGGCCAACACUUUCUUCCAAGAAUUUCCAUAGUAAUAAAUUUUGUUGCUGAGAGUAAUUUAAAUCAGUUAUUUUUAUUAUAACUGGUUACUUGGGUAAUGUUAAAAAGUUCUAGCAAAUUGCAGGCAACUUGAAGAAUCAUGAUGGAAAAUGAUAGGAAACCUACAUGAGGGACGAACUGAUGUAGGUUCUGGCUAUAUUUACAGAAAGUGGCUUGAAACUGGAUUGUACCAGGAGGGAAGUUGCAGUCAGCUUGGAAUGUCUUAAUUUUUAACAGAUUUAGACUGAAACAAAUCUAGAAGAGUCUUAAAGGAUGAAUAAAGUAAAGCUGCUACACUUAAAUCUCCUUUCUCUUCCUAUCCAUGUAGUCCCCAUGGCUGCCCUAUUUUUAUUUACUCUACCUACUCUGUUUUGCACACCACUACCAUCAUACUCGGAUACAAGUCAGUGUUCCCCAUUACCCCAGUCUUGCUAUACUUUCUCUUGAGUCACCACUUCAGUGCAUAUUCAACUGGUCCAUUCCUUCCCCACCUUGUGCUUCCUUUCCCUCCAUUGUGCUCUUUUAGCUGCCUGCUGCCUGUGUUCACGUAGUUUGCCUCACAUUUUCCCUUGGGUGCCUGUUGCCAUCAGUGGUUUCCUGAUCAUUCAACUGCCAUCCAACACUUCAACCUAGAACACAUGUUCUUUAUUCACACCAAACACUGAUUCCAGAUCUGUACACAGACCAAACAUAGGAGUUUUAGUCUGGCAUAGAAUAUUCAGAACUCUCUGUUCUAUGCACUGAAUAUUUUGCCUAACCAUACUGUAUAGUUAAAAACUUGCAUACUAUAAAAGUUUGAUUAUUUUUUAAAUACUGACUGCUAUCAUUUUCUUAAUGAUGAUUGUUCGAUAUCUUCAGUAGAAUUCUGAUAAUUGUUAAUUUUUAUUCAGAUUACAAGGCUUUAAAAAAUACACCACAACUUGAGCAUUUUAAAUUACCUUCACUGUCUAAUAAAAUUUCUACUGACUUCUUAAAAACAAAAGAAUUACUGUUUAUACAAUGAAAAUAAUUCACAUAUAUGAUUUCUUAUUUAUAAUGGUAUUUUCACUUUGCCAUUUCAGUAAACUUGCAUAUCGAUAAACAAGCAUAGGCAAUAUUUGUAGACUUUUUAAAAUAAGGUGUGUUGAAAUAAUUUUCCUCGUAGAAAGUAAUAUAUAAUAAGACUUACCUAAUAAGUCUUAUUAUAAGACUUAUAAUGACGGUUCACUGACUUUCCAUAUUUUUCCAAUACUUAUGCAAUUCAUUUCAUGUUAAAUGAUACUGGUAACUGCAUAUAAGCUAUAAAGUUAGUUUUGCAUGCUUAUUCAAAAAUAAGGCUACUGAACAUUAGUCUUUGUACUAAGAUGCUUAAGUUUUGGUUAGCAAUUGCAGAUAUUUUUCCCUCUUAAAAAUACAAAUGCUGUAUAGCAGCCUCUUUCUAAUUUUGUACUUAAAUUUUGGUUGCUGUAUUUCAUUAGAAUUCACUAUCGAACUCUUCAAUACAGAAGAAAAAGCAAAUAUCGUUUCCUUUUUCCUCCAUGCUUCUCCAUUUAUUUGUUUGCUAUGGAAUGAAAGAAAGUUACUCUUACAAGAUUUCAUCAGCCUAAACAUUCCUGUUCCUUUACCAGCGUUAUUUCAUUAUUUUGAGUCAUGGACUAAAGUCUGGGAAAAUAAGACGAGGAACAAAUUACCAAAAGAAGCUACCUUUGUAAAAGGAACUACUAUCUGAAAAAUGCAUAAGGUUACUUAGAAACACAUUCUUUGAUAGCCAAAAGUUGAUAUUGUAUUUUAAUAAUUAAAAUGUGCAUUGUAAAUCAGA